AAUGCUGUACAUUUAACAUGCUUUCUAUUUUAGAAAAUUACAGAUAUUUUUGUAAAGUUACAUUAAGUGUGACCAAAAUCAUGUUUGAAAAUAUUCCAACACAUAUUGACUACCGUGGACAGAAUUUUGCUGAACAACUGGGACAAGCAGUUUGUGGUCUUUUUGGUGUGAUCGCUUUUAUUGUUGGUUACUUGGCUCAAAGAUUGUCGUACUCCAUGUAUGUUCUUCUCGUGGGCGUAUUCGUUGCUAGCUUAAUCACAUUACCACCAUGGCCAAUAUUUCAAAAGAACCCAAUUGAGUGGCAAAAACCUAUUACAGAAAAUACAGACACUUCUCAAUCUUCAAGUUCAAACGGGAAGAAACAGAAGUAAAAUUUGGAUCUUCAGAAAUUUUGAUCUGCUCAAAAUGUGAAAGAAAUCCAUGUGAUCUACACAAUGCGAUUUUAAAAGAUUGUAAAAGGGAAUUUUAUAAGAACUUGUUUUAGUUUGUAUAUUUGUUGUGUUUUUGUUUAAUGUGGUAGGAUUAUAGUACUGUUUUAAUGUGCAAGUGCAAUUAUUGGUUAUGUGCAAAAUCGUUUUAUCAUUGCCAAAUAGGAUUGUGUUUUAAAGAGAAUAUUGCCAAUGUGUUUUGUUUUAUCCAGAUGCAAUAGUAGCAAUAAUACCUUUUAAACACCUAACUGAACUGCCUGAUAAAACAUGAAAAGAACUUUACCUCUGUGGAUGUCAAAGUCUGGAAAAAAUCAGAUAUGCAGUGCUUUGCCAAACCUUACUUUACCAAACACUUGUAAAUUGAUUUACUCUCAUGAUGUGAACGAUUGCUCUAUUUUGUGCGAUGAACUGCAAUCAACUUUGGCUCCAAGCUCCGUAAUCGGCUUUGAUAUUGAAUGGCCUGUCAGUUAUAUUAAGGGGAAACGUGAUAUAACCGCCACCAUUCAAAUAUGUCCAAAUAAAAAACAAUGUUUUGUCUUUCAAGUUUCAAAAAUGGGAAUGAUUCCUUCUCCUCUGAAAAAGCUGAUAGAAAGCACAGAAAUAAAGAAGACUGGUGUUAAUGUGAUAGGAGAUAUGUGGAAACUUCACCGUGACUUUAAUAUCUUUCCCGAUCACAGUCUCAUGUCACAAUCUUACAUAGAGCUUUCACAUUUUGCGUCAAGUACUAUAAAUAGCUCACAAGGCUGGAGCCUUCAAAGGCUGUGUCAGUAUUUUCUUAAGUCCGACUUAUCUAAAGAAAAGAACAUUCGUUCAGGCGAUUGGGCCACAUUUCCACUGUCUGAAGACCAACUAUAUUAUGCAGCAUUGGAUGCUUAUGCAAGUUUACUCGUCCAUGAAUCAAUUUUAAACUGGAAACCUGCUAGUGCUCAGUUCUCUUAAUUCUUACUUUUUAUCAUCUUCAUUUAAUCUUUUAAUCAAAAUAUUAAGCAG